AUGGCUAAGAUGAUCGCGGCACUGCGGGAGCUCUCACAACGGAGCAAUGAGCAGGGUGCGUUGCAGCUUCAAAAAGACGUGAUUGAGGCGCGUGCUCGAGCUAGGGAAAAGGAGCAUGCUCAGGCGCAACCCAGAUAUGCCGAGUUUCCGUCUUUGAAAGAUUACCAUCGUAAGCUUGAGAAGAGGGACGCUGAAGACUUGGAUGCAUUAUGCAAGGAAGUUGGACUCGCAGACAAGCAGUGGCUCACUGCAGCCGAAAGUGUCGCUGCGACCUUGCUCCAUGCUUUUGCCGACAAGCAGCAAGAAAAAGAUGAUCGCUCAGCUGAGCCCAGCUCCGAAAACCUCGAGGCACAGCUCAACUCCCGCAUAGAUGCGCUUGACAAGCGGCACAGAGAAGAAGCGGCAAAACAACAGAAACAAAUAGAAGACCUUCAAAAAGGGCUUUCGAUCGAAACAGCUCAGCGUAAGAUACUGGGCAUCGAGAACGAAACCCUAAAACAGAAGGUCCAAGACCUCCAAAACCAAUCCACAUCUCUGACGACCAAGCUCGACGAGCAUGACACGUCCAUCAAGCGGUUGCAAGACGAGGAAGCCAAGGCGGCGCCGUUGCCUCCAGCAAUACAAACCACUACGAUUACCUCGCGAGAUCUGACCCAAGUCAAGACGAUGGUAGGCCAAUGUCGAACCGAAUUGACCAACUUGGAAGCACAAGUGGCGAGGCAUGACCAGAAACUUGGCGAAAUGGAUGUCGAUCUCAUCACCGAAGGCUGCUAUUCUCUCGCGGCUACACUGCCACGACUCGAACAGAACGCCAAGAGGGCUGCAGAUGACAUUUCUGUGCUGCGAGCAGAUUACGGUCAGCUCAGAGCGGACAACAAUAAGCUCCGAUUGGAUACCGAUGAUCUUCAGUCUGGAGUCCAGCAACUUCAGUCGGGCACAGACCAGCUACGGUCCGAUGCGCUUGUGGUCCGGCCGAGCGUGGAGCAGCUCAAGUCCGACACUGAGCAGCUCAAAUCCGACACUGAUCAGCUCAAGGCAAUUGCUGAGCAGCUGAAAUCUGAAAUGGCACAGCUCCGUUCAGGCACAGAGGAAUCGCAGUCGGCCGUCAGAAAACUGCGGUCAGUAAUGCAUGAACCGCCGGCAGGGGAUUCGUUCCUUCCUGUCAAGACCUUUACCACCAUGAACACUGCCGUGUUCAAGACAUUCAGUGGCUGGAUUGACGACUUGAAGAAACGGGUGGAUGCCGUAGAGGGCUCGAUUCCAACAUUGCAGACGGUCUCGAAGCAGCAAAAUGAUCAUUCCUCGCAGAUCAAGGCUUUAGAAGACCAAGUCAAGACGCUGGAGAAAGGAUCUGGCCAAAAGACGACUGGUGGCUUGGAAAACAGCCGCGUAUCCACGCCGGCCCCUGACCAGAGGGGCAUUCAAUAUGAGGCAAAGUGGAAGGAGCAUGAUGCGCGGCUCACGGCUCUCGAGGCCAUUUCCAGAAAGAGACCGCACCACACCGCCAGCGCUAUUUCGGAGGCGACGGAUGCCUCAGACGUAAUCGCCCACAGGCCAACGCAGGGAGAGUCGAUGAAUGCUGCGGUCGAAGCGUUGAGGGCUCAGGUGGCGAUGACGGAUCAAAGCAUCAAGGCCAUAUCGGAAUUGGUCAGACUCGCGAGCGAAAGCCAGGCGGCACAGGCUCAACGGGUAGGCCAGCUUGAACUUGAGGUGCGCACGACAAGCAACCGAUUAGGGACUGCUGAGCAAGCGCUGCAAGCGAUGGGAGAAAGGUUUGGGGGAAGACUGGACUUCAUGCAACAGAAUUUUAAGAGUCUCAAUUCUCAGAUGAACAACCUCACAACGGAAAGCCUCUUCCAGGCCAUUGUCCAAUACAUUGACAGGUACCAGCCUGGCGAUGCAUUUAUCGGACACAAGGUUGAGAGAAUAUUUCAACAGAUGACUGCGUACGAUCAGCGACUGGCAAUGCUGGAGCGGUUCGUCAGCCUAAGCGAAGAGUUGGCCAACAAAAAACGGAAGCUCAGCCCUCACAUGGGACAGGUGGGCAUGCCGAACGGAGGUCGUUGA